GGGGUGGGUGGUAAGUGCGUGGAAGAAGCCAGCGAGCCCACCCUGAGCUCACUCUGGGAACGACGGUCACUACAGCAUAGAUCCGCUUGAGACACAGAGUUGGAGGCAUCAGGGCAGCACCUGAUCCUUUGCCACCCACCUGGGCACACCUUCAGCCUUCCACUGCAGCCGCUCGCCGUUCACAAUGGCCGAGGUGACCACAGUCCCCGUUGAGACGCCAGAUCCCUUUAGCGAGUUCGGGGACUACCACAACUGGACCCAGCUGCUCCAGUACCUGAACUACACCUUCACCUUCUGCGACACCCAUCUGGAUGAGAACAUCAAGCGGGUGAUGCUCUUCAUCCUCUACUUGGUCAUCUUCGUGGUGGGGCUGGUGGAAAACAUUCUCGUCAUCUGGGUCAACUGGCACACCUGGGGCAACAAAAACCUGGUCAACCUCUACAUCCUCAACAUGGCCAUUGCUGACUUAGGGGUGCUGCUAUCCCUGCCCAUCUGGAUGUUGGAGGCCAUGCUCGACUACACCUGGCUCUGGGGCAGCUUUCUGUGCCGCUUCACCCACUACUUCUACUUCGCCAACAUGUACAGCAGCAUCUUCUUCCUGACCUGCCUCAGUGUGGACCGCUACGUCUCCCUGACCACGUCAUCCCACUUCUGGCACCAGCAUCAGCACCGGGCUCGCCGACUCCUCUGCUUCGGCGUCUGGCUCUUCGCCGCCCUCAUCCCCUUCCUGGAGGUGGCCCACACGCAGCUGGUGGACUCUGUCGAGCCCAUGUGCAUCUUCCUGGCCCCCUUCGAGACCUACGAUGAGUGGGCCCUGGCCAUCAGCUUAGCCACCACCAUCAUUGGGUUCCUCAUCCCCUUCUCCAUCAUCACUGUCUUCAACAUACUGACGGCCAGGUACAUCAAGCACUCCAAGCCAGAAAGCAGGAAGCACUGCCUCCUGAUCUAUGCCUACAUCGUCGUGUUCCUAGUGUGCUGGCUGCCCUACCACAUCACGCUGACCCUCUUGACCCUCGACGGCAGCUACUUCAUUUACAGCUGCAACGUUGCCAACUUCCUCUACUUCUUCUACGAUAUCAUAGACUGUUUCAGCAUGUUCCACUGCGUGGCCAACCCCAUCCUCUACAAUUUCCUGAGCAAGAACUUCCGCGGCAAACUUGUCUCGGCCGUGGUGAAGUACAUCCCCAAAGACCAAAUCAACCAGAAAGGCGGGGACAAUUCCUCUUCCAGCACCCAGCACUCCAUCGUCAUUACCAAAGACAACAUCCCACCUAAUUAAACAUCCACUGGGCUCUCCACGCAUUGUUGGCAGCUGGUUCCAGGGGUGGCUGGCUUCCUAUUUCUUCCCCCGGAGAUAAGGCAAGACACUUUGCUUUUUGAUGGCAUUUUCUUGUUGCCACCCAGGGCUCUGAAAGCUGGAGGGAUGGUAGAAAUGAAAGCUGGAGGAAGCAGCAGAUAUUUUGCCUCUGACGUGCUGCUGUAUCAAAUCUAUUUAGCUAAAGAACCAGAGAGGAAGAGACGUCCUAUAUUUCAAAGAAAUGCUCAUUGGUUUAUUACUAUCAAUUAUUCUGGCUACCCACGGACCUCAACACAAAUCCAUCUGCUUUGCUCUCCAGCGCCAGCUACACAGGAGUUGGAACGAGCAAUGUUUUGCCCCCAGUUUUUCUGCGACUCCUGCCUUUUGCUUGCAGAUGUGCUCCGGAUAUCCCACACCUGGAAGAGACCAGGCGUUAAGCUGCCUCUUUCCUUGAAUGAUCUAGCUCAGAAAAAAGGGGUGGAAUUCUUUUCCUUCGGAACACACACCAAUCUAUGCGCAGUACCAGUGAGAAAGAUGAGGGGCUGAUCUUGCAAGGGGAAGCCAAAGGGAGUGGGAGCCACUCAGCACUAUGCAGGAUGAAGCCUUCACUAGGGAAACAGCAUUUCAGCGCCAAUAGGAAACGGCUUUUGGAGAGCAAUAUUGCAACCACAGAGGGAAAGAAGGAGAGAGGAAUAAGGCCACUAUACACAUGUGCUUCCCUAAGACUUUGUCUACACUACCACUUUUGCUGGCCAGAGGUGUGAAAAAAACACACACAGCCCCCCAACCGACGUAAGUUUCAUUGACAAAAGUGCUGUUGUGAGCAGUGCUGGGUUGGCAGAAGAGGCUCUGCUUCCGACAUGGCUCACGCCCCUCAUUGGAGCUGGUUUAAUGAUGCCGGCAGGAGGGUUCUGUUCAGCCCUGCGCGAAUUCUGCGAAAGCCCGUGGGGAGGGGAAGGCGUGAAGGUAACUGGAAAGACUGGGAAUUAAUAAAUCACAAAGAACCAGCUGAUCCAUGACCCUGGACUGCUAAAAAUACGGGAAAACAAACUGGACAGGCGCUGGAGAAAGGGAGUUUCGUCAGGGAAAGGAGAGGCUGAUGGCAGGAUGUUCCCAGAGGCAGAGCUGUCCCUUGAGUUUGGCGAAUUAGGGCGACCGCUCCGGGCCCCGCGCGUCAGCGUGCGUGGGACACCAAGCCGGCCCGGGGGGGUAGGGUUAGGGGUUCGGAGGGCCUGAUGCCAGCAGCAGGGGUUGGAGCUGCACUCACUGGCUGAAAGCAUGCCUUGCAUUUCUUUUUCUUGCUUGGCAUCGGAGGGCUCGGGCUCAGUCUCUGGCAGCGGCAACCCCAGCCUGCCCCGCCAGCUCCCGGUGUCGCCCAGUCCAGGCUGAUCCCAUCCAUUGCCCUUCCACCCUGGACCCCUCAGCACAGGGAGGCCACCUCGCCCCUAGCACAGGUGCCACCCUGUGGCUCUCCAUCAUUCCUCGCCCCCCUGUACUGGUGUCCCCUCCCCACACCAGAUUUCACCUGUACAAAAAAUGUUAAGGGGGCCCAUACAGGCUGAUUUGUCCCGGGCCCUGCACACCCAUAGGGAUGGCCCUGCCCAGAGGUUGAAGGAACGAAUCAUAGCAGACAAGAGAAGGGGGUGGGACCGGCCCUGCUUCUCCGACAAAGUGCACUGCAUUCAUUCCAGGGCUUUCGGGCGAUACAUACCUUGCUUAGGGAGACACUCCAUGUCCCUUUGCCUCCUUGUUCACCUGAGAGGCAAAGGGCAGGGACCUGUGGAUUUGCAAGAGGAAGGGGUUUCCAUAGCAAAUAAUUAGCCUCAUCAGAAGGGGAUUUUUUUUUUUAAUUGCAAUGGAAAGUUACUGGUCUCUUGCCCGCCCUGCCCCACCCCUCAAGACCUCAUGUAAAAAAGAUUAUGUGACAUUUCACGACAUUGCGACAGAUUAGAAUGAGGUGCCUUUUGCGUGGCCAGGGACAGUGGAGUCUGUAUCCCCUUCGGGAGCCAUACGAGCCAUGUUUCUCCCCGCUCCCCUUGGAAUGCCUCCAUGCUGCUCUUUAGCGGUCCUGCAAAGGAACGUGGUCACUCCUGCUCCUCUGCCCCCAGCCCUGGGAUCAGGAAUCGAACUCCACUCUCCCAAACGGCAACAGGCCAGACACACAAACAGCCAAUCCAAUACCAUUCACGCUCCCGGCGGGCCUUUCGCUGGGUUCCAGCACACACCUUGCUGCCUACGUAGAUCCACAUUUGCCUGCAAAAUGCACCCAUUCAUCUCCACCAAGGCCUUGAAUGCAACAGCUAUGGGAAAAGGCACCGACCCUUUAAAGAGAAGAAACUUGUCCCCAUUCCCCUCCUCCUGUUGUGCAAAGUUUAACAGCUUGCACAGUGUAAAACAGCAGCAUAGACAGUCGGCUCUUUGGGGCAGACACUUCUGCAUUUGCACAACACCUCAUACAGCGCGCUCCCAGCCCACGAGUGGAGCUAGGCUAUGCUGUGAUCAUACAGAUUGUUAACACCACCAAGGACACAGUAAUAGGGUGACAGCCACUCAUCAAUGACGAGGUCCAGAGAACCAGUCCUGAGCGCCCCAGGAAUUUCUCAUAGAUGUGCCUUUGCUGUCAUCUUUGCUAAAGAAAAGGAAAGUCACUGCAUGAUAGAAAGACAUUUGGCGUGUGAUAAACCCGCUCUGCCUGGGUAGAAAUGUAUACAAUUUCUUCAUGAUACCUAAACAUUUAAAGCUCUCUAUAUUUGACCUAUUAAACUUCAUUUUUAAAAACACG